AUGGCAGCGUUGUUAUUCCUUAUGUUGCUAUUUCCAUGGCAAAGAAUUGCUAGAGCUCAAAUUCACUCCAUGUCAGAGAUUAACUGCUGGACAUCAUAUUCACUCCCAGGAUUCAAGAUUCAUGGUCACGUGAUAACAUCCGUCUCACUGUCUACCAUAAGCCAAUGCAAGCAUCGGUGUGCUGCACARCAAAGAUGCAACAGCAUCAGCUUCCAUCAGAAUACAAAAAAAUGUGAAAUGCAUGACGGUAACCACAUCUCACAUCCUGAAAGCGUUCUUCCUAGUAACGGGUAUGUCUACGUUAACGUCCCUACAAGACCUCCCAAGAGAUGCAGCCAUAAGUUAUGCAGCUAUCCGUUACUAUGCGUGCCGGAGAACGCGGACUACAAAUGUGUCAGUUGCGAAGAGGCCAAGGCUGAACAAGUGCUGAAUUUCCCAAGGAAAUCUAGCAAGGACUAUGUUAUCCUAGAUGAUCCGCCAUUUGUUUCAAUGAGCGCCUUUACGCUUUCACUUUGGGUUCAAAUUGACAGUACAAGUGAGUCUCAUUAUGUGUUUCGAUAUGAAACCAGAUACAUAGACGAAGGACCAUCCAUCUACGUUACAAACACCUAUGUAGGUGUAGGUGUUUUUACAGAUGGCAAGCCUCUUUAUGGCGUUAACAUUGUUGACAACAAGUGGCAUCAUUUGUGUCUUACUUGGGAAAACACAGAUGGACACAUCAAAUUGUACAUAGAUGGUGUGCUACGCAUCCAAAUAACCGGGAAGAAAGGUCAACAGCUUAACAAGAGGUCCCUUGUCCUUGGUCGAGAUACCGAUGGUGACGAUUGGCAAUCCUUUCAUGGAAAUCUAGCCAGCGUUAACAUGUGGAGUAGAGCGUUCCUUGCAGGAGAAGUUUCGGUCCUUGCUUCGACAUGUCCAACAAGCGAGGGGGAUAUCAUACAAUGGUCUACUUUGAAGACAAAGGGGACUGGCAUGACGAAGCUUGUGUGUUCAACGUUUUGCAGAUAG